AUGAAAACAAAUGAAGAGGAAACAAACAAUCAUGUAGAUAACAAAAAUGGAAAGGAAGAUAAUAUAUUUGAAAACAAGUUUAAUGAUAUAAAUUUAAAGUUAGAAGCUUAUGGAGAAGGAGAUUACAGAUUGUUGAGAUAUUUACCUGAUGGAUCAUUAGCUUUUGAAGAAGUACCAAAUGAAGAAACUAAAAAUAAACAACAUUUACAACAAUAUGCACAAAUGUUAUGUUCAGAAAUGGAAAGAUAUAAAAUAGAAAAUAGUAAUGAUUUAAAUUUGAAAAAUAAUAGUGAAUGGAAUAAAGGAGAAGAAUAUAGAAUAUUAGUUGAAAAUGAAUUAAAAGAAAUUAUGAUAUUAUUUGAUAUGAUAUUAGGUACAUUAAAUUAUGAUAAAGGAACAAAAUAUUUAUCUUUAAAUAAAUGUAAUUAUUAUAGAGAUCCAGAAGAAAAUAAACAAGAUAUAUGUAUUUCUGUAACUAAUAGAAUUGAAAUAUUAGAAAAAUUAAAAAAAUUAUGUGAAAAUGAAAGAAUACAAUUAAAUUCUAUAAAUGGUAUAAUUGCUCAAAAAUAUUAUUUAUUUUUUAUUAACCAAUUAAUAAAACAUUGGAGAAUUUUAUAUACAAAAUAUUCUGAAAUUGAUUAUAUGCAAAUAGAUAGUAAUUUUCCAUAUUGUACUGAAUUUUCAGUUGAAUUUUUUUUUUUACCGUCUAUUUUUUGGAAAAUCUCAAAAAACCCCAUAUUUUUAUUAUGGCCUCCAUAUCCUUCAUUUUCUCCUUUUAAAUCUCAAUACGCACACAUUACCUUUUCAAUUAAAAAUUUAACAGAAGAAAAUGGAGAAGAUAAAGAGGAGGGAAUUGAGGAAAAUGCAGAUACAUACUUAGAGAGUAACCCCAUUUUUGAAAACAUUACAGAGGAAGAAAUGAAUAUGUUCCGUUUAUUGGAUAACAAAAGUAAUGUUUCAAUUCAGUUUGAAGGAAUAUCUGCACACUUAAUUGAAAAUAAUUGUCAUAUACAAUUUUAUUUACACCCUUUAAAUGUUAAAUUAAAAGGAAAAAAAAAAUUAAAAAAAAUUAUAAGUAUAGACCAAAAUAAUAUUACAACAAUACCUGAAAAUAUUAUAUUCAAACAAGCUAAAAAUGUUCAUGAAAAAUUAACAAAAGCCCAAUGGAUAUUAAUUGAUAAAUCUAUUUUUUGUAUUUUAGCUGAACAAGCAAAUAAUUUAAAAGAUAAAAAUAAUGAAAUUUUAAUAAAUCUUGAUAAUGUAGAACAAAAUAUUAAUCGCAAUAUUAAAAUACAUUGUACACAAAUAAAUCAUAAAUCAAUCGAUUUUUUUAUUAAUAAUAUUUCUAUACCAUCUUCUUCUAAAAAAAACAUUAAAGUCGAUUUCUCUUUUAGUAUUACAUAUGAAGCUAGUGAUACUACUAAUGAAUGUGGACACAGUCAAACAUACGAUAGUGAUAAUAAUAAUAAAAUAAUGGAAUACUCCGAUGAAGAAAUAUUUGAAGAUGAGAAUAUGGAAAAACAAGGAAUUCCUGCAGAAGAUAUUAUUGAUAAUGAACUAAUUCAAAUAGUUUUAAAUUUAGCACUUUCAAAAAUACGAGACUUAUUUAUUUGUGCAUGGAAAUAUUUCUCUUUUGAAAUGCCAUACUAUUCUUCUGAUAUACAUCCCAUGGUAUAUCAAGAUAUAUUUCCAAAUUCUCAUUCAGACACAUUAUUUACAACCUUUUUUUCAUGGUUUAUUAUAGCGUUGGAAAAAUAUUUGAGGGUAUAUAAAAACUGA